CCCGCUGGCGCUGGAGCUGCGCUCCUCGCGGCUGCUGGAGGCCCGCCUGCAGGUGGUGCGCCGCAUCCUGCGCGAGGUGCCGCUCAUCGACGGGCACAACGACCUGCCGUGGAACCUGCGCAAGUUCCUGCACAACCAGCUGCGCGACUUCCGGUUCACGGACGACCUGCGCCAGGUGGAGCCCUGGAACAAGAGCCCCUGGUCGCACACCGACCUGCACCGCCUCAAGCAGGGCAUGGUCGGCGCCCAGUUCUGGUCGGCGUACGUGCCGUGCGGUUCCCAGUACCUGGACUCGGUGCAGCUGACGCUGGAGCAGAUCGACGUGAUCCGCCGCCUCGUCGACAAGUACCCGGCGCACAUGCAGCUCGUCACCACCGCGCAAGGUAUCGAGGAGGCGCACCGCGCCGGCAAGGUGGCCAGCCUGAUCGGCGUGGAGGGCGGCCACGCGCUGGGCAGCUCGCUGGCGGUGCUGCGCAUGUUCUACCAGCUGGGCGCGCGCUACCUCACGCUCACGCACGCCUGCAACACGCCUUGGGCAGACUCGUCACUGGUUGACGAACCGAGCGAGUCCGUGCCCGCAGACCACUCCAGCCGCGGGGGGCUCACCAGCUUCGGAAAGCUGGUGGUGCGCGAGAUGAACCGGCUGGGCAUGAUGGUGGACCUGUCGCACGUGUCGGCGCGCACCAUGGGCGACGCGCUCGACGUCACGCAGGCGCCCGUCAUCUUCUCGCACUCGUCCGCCCUCGCGCUCUGCAACUCGUCCCGCAACGUGCCCGACGACGUGCUGCGGAAGCUGGCCAUCAACGGCGGCAUCGUGAUGGUGAGCUUCUUCAACAACUUCCUCAGCUGUUCCGACAGCGCGUCGCUGCAUGACGUCAUCGCGCACAUCAACCACAUCCGCGCCGUUGCGGGUGUCAACCACGUGGGGUUGGGUGCCGGCUACGACGGCAUCAACCUGACGCCGGAGGGCCUGGAGGACGUGUCGCGGUACCCCCUGCUGCUGGCCGAGCUGGCCAGGGACCGCCUGUGGAGCGCCUCCGACAUCAAGAAGCUCGCCGGCGCCAACCUCGUCAGGGUCUUCCGGGAGGUCGAGAAGGUGCGUGCCGACUGGUCGGAGGGCGGCCCCACCGAGGACUGGAUCUCCAUGGAGGACCUGGACGGCAAGACGUACUGCCGCUACCCCGGCACCUGA